AUGUGGGCACAGACCCUGGACACCCUGCUAGUUACGGUACAACUAGCGCAAGAGAAGGACACUAUUGUCAAACUUCAAGACGACCACCUUACCAUAUCAGGCAAAAAGGAUGGAAAUGACUACGAAUGCACCGUCAAAUUCUACAAACCAAUCAAGGCUUCUGAAGCCAUGAAGAGCAAUGAUCGCUUUUUGAGGUUCAAACUUCCCAAAGCCGAUAAGGAAAAGUGGCCCACUUUGAACUCGGACGGUAAAAAACACUGGAUCAAAAUCGACUGGGACCGUUGGGUUGACUCUGAUGCCGAAGAUGAUGAUGCUUUCAAUAAUGGGUUCGACAUGUCUAACUUCGAUCAAUUUGCCGGCAUGGGAGAUGGCGGAUUUGAUGAUGACUUCAUGCCAGAGGACAACAUGGACGAGUGCUGCGACCAAGGUGACUGUGCCUGUGACUCAUGCGAUUGCAGUACUCUAUGCAAGUGCGGUACAGAUUGCAAGUGUGAAAACUGCAGCUGCGUCGCGGAUUGCAACUGUGAUGCUGCCUGCUUAGGUGGAAGGGAUGCUAAAUCUGGCUGUGACUGCUGUGAUGAUUGCUCAUGUGGAGACGACUGCAGAUGUACCCCUGAAAACAAGUGCAGCCCCGCCUGCAAGUGCGACACUGCGUGCUCUAGCAAGGGUGCCAUGAAGUCGGGAUGUGACGGCUGCGAUGACUGCUCAUGUGGCAGUGAUUGCAAAUGCACGCCAGAAAACAAAUGCAACCCCGCCUGUAACUGCGCAGCCUAA